AUGGCUUCGAUCAUGCGCCCUGGCCUCCUCAGGCAGGCUUGCUCGCCCGCCGCUUCUCAGCGCAUGCUCUCCACCUUCGCAGCGUCCUCCGUCAAGCGAUCGUCACCACUGGCCCAGCAAAUCCGCCCAGCAUUCGAACGCUCCUCGAUCCUCAAGUCCACACGAGUCGCCGCAUUCCACGCCACAAGGAGCCAGCAGAUCCUCCCAGCACCUCCCCAGAGGGUCGUCGGAACGGCCAACGAUCCCACACCCGUGCCACCGCCCUCUCCCAGCCAUGGAAGCUACCACUGGAGUUUCGAGAGGGCUAUCUCUGCUGGCCUCAUCCCGUUGUGUGUAGCACCCUUCGCUGCAGGAUCGCUCAACCCCGUCAUGGACUCCAUCCUUUGUGCUCUUCUCGUCGUGCACUCCCACAUUGGUUUCGAGGCCUGCAUCAUCGACUACUUCCCCAAGAGGCGCGUUCCCCUGCUCUUCAACAGCGCCAACUGGGCCCUUCGCAUCGGCACCGUCCUCCUCGGCCUCUCCCUCUACUCCUUCGAGACCAACGACGUCGGCAUCACCGAGCUCGUCAAGAGGCUCUGGGCUGCUUAA